AUGAAGGAUGUAUUCUUUAUUCGUUUCCCGAAGCCAAAAACCCAGAGGGAUAAAUGUGAACGAUGGGUCAACUUGUGCGGACGUCCAAAAGACCAGUUCAAUGCCAGCAACGUGAAACCAUUCACCUUCAUAUGUAGUAAACAUUUUGUUGGGGGCCAUGGUCCUACAGAUGACAAUCCUGAUCCAUUGCCGGCCACAGCCUGCCCCGAAGAGAUUGAACGUAUUAUCAGGCGGAGGAGAAAAGCACCAACACCUAGGCCAUUCGCAAGCACUCCAGCGACAAAAAGAAGAAAAGUGGUGGACUCCGCAAAUACUGAUCUCGACGCAGCAAACAUCUUGUUGGAUCUCAGUAUGAUCUCACCUCUAGAUGUUACUGACACAGAAGAAAAUAAAGCUAACUCUGUAGGGAUUCAAACAGAAGCUCUGGAACCCUGCUCCAAAUGUUCAAAGUUGAUGGUGGAUGUUGGCUGUCAGACUGUAUAUGACCGAUACAUGUUGCAGUCCAAGAUUGAAAACAUCAUACUGAAGAAUGAAGCAACUGUAUCGAAAUCCAGGCCUUCUUCUCUUGAUGUGCCUCCGAGUGAUCAGAAACCUGAAUAUGAGGCCCUCCUGACUUUAGAUGAUGUUAAAGAUGAUGCCAGAAAAAUGAAGUUCUUUACUGGACUUUCGUUUUUACACUUCAUGGCCUUAUUCAACUUCCUCGGCCCCGCGGUCUGCACAAGCCGGUGUUCUCCCAACAUCAGUGUCAACAACUUUUGUCAGGAAAAGCAGAAGGGCAGCCACGUGACUACACCGCCCUAG